AUGUUUCCCUGUUCAUAUACGGCUUGAUUCAGAAAUGGACAAGUCCAUUUGUCUCCAUCAAAGAGAAGAAAACUUUACUGAUGGGAAGUGGAAGCACAAGCUUUAUCCCAUUAGAAGUUAGGGAUCCAAUCAGCAAGCCAGCAGUUCCAUACAUUGGUGAAAUCCCAGGCAGUGUAAAACAAGAUAUGGCGAUAGUUUUCCAAGGAACUGUUCCUGUAGAUGCAACUAGCUUUGAAAUUAAUUUCAUGACUGGACCAACAGAAAAUGAUGACAUUGCUUUCCAGUACAACCCUCGCAUUGGUGAUGUUACUGCUCUGAACAGCAAAAGAAAUGGAAGCUGGGAGACACAGGAAAGUGCAUGUCAUAAUCCUUUCACCAGAGGAGGAGCCUUUAUUAUUCUAGCAGUCAUCAAUUCUGAGGGCUAUCAGGUUUAUGUGAAUGGCAUAAAACACUGCACAUUCACGCAUCGCCUUCCCCUAGAGAAAGUUUCCAAUAUUAACAUUCGUGGAAAUAUUUCUCUUCUCGUCUGGGGUUUAAUUGAUAGCUGGAGCACAACUGCAUCCUCUACAGAACUGAAGAAAAUCACAAGCACUUGGACCUCAACUUCGAUAUCGACAACCUCUCCUUUUGAGAUUUCAAAUCCAGUCAGUAAGCCUGCACUUCCCUAUGUGGGCACAAUUCAAGGAGGGUUAAAACCAGACACGGCUAUAUUCUUACAAGGGACUGUUCCUGCAGAUGGAAAGAACUUUGAAAUUAAUUUCAAAACUGGGCCAACUGAGGCUGAUGACAUUGCUUUCCACUACAAACCUAUCUUUGGUGAUUGUACUGCUCUAAACAGCAAAAGAAAUGGAAGCUGGGAGACACAGCAAAAUGAAUCUGAUAAACCCUUCACCAAAGGAGGAUCCUUCCAGAUUUUUAUUGCUGUCAAACCAGAUGCCUAUGACGUCUACGUAAAUGGUUCCAAACAUUGCACAUUCAAACACCGACUUCCUCUAGAAAAAGUUUCAACAUUAAAUUUCAAAGGAGAUGUUUCCCUGUUCAUAUACGGCUUGAUUCAGAAAUGGACAAGUCCAUUUGUCUCCAUCAAAGAGAAGAAAACUUUACUGAUGGGAAGUGGAAGCACAAGCUUUAUCCCAUUACAAGUUAGGGAUCCAAUCAGCAAGCCAGCAGUUCCAUACAUUGGUGAAAUCCCAGGCAGUGUAAAACAAGAUAUGGCGAUAGUUUUCCAAGGAACUGUUCCUGUAGAUGCAACUAGCUUUGAAAUUAAUUUCAUGACUGGACCAACAGAAAAUGAUGACAUUGCUUUCCAGUACAACCCUCGCAUUGGUGAUUGUACUGCUCUGAACAAGCUGGAGCACAACUGCAUCCUCCACAGAGCUGAAGAAAAUCACAAGCACAUGGACCUCAACUUCGACAUCGACAACCUCUCCUUUUGA